CCUUCAGAGUUUUUCUGGAGGCACUGGGAGGAAUGGGCGGCCUCCCAGGUGUUAAGGGGGCAGGAGACUCAUUUUCCACUCACUCUGCAGCCAGACCUCUAACUUAACACACCUCCCUAGACUACAAGGGGGAGGCAUUGACCUCGAACAAGAGAGUCGGAAGUAAAGAAAGAGCUCCUGAAAUUUUCUUCCAACUCAACAAGGCCAUAAAGGAAAUACAGUACUUUUUGUAAGGCCUCUGGCUUAAACUCCACACCUCCUGGACCUCUGGAGCCACAACUGAGGUGCAGUAAAUGGAUGUAUUGGCUUUAGAGGCAAAAGGGGCCAAGAAUGAUGCCCCGGCGGCCCCUGCCCCAUCUAAAUCCAGGCCCAAAGCACCCAAAAAGGCUAAACGAAUUGUCUACUUUGAGGUGGAGAUCCUGGACGCCAAGACCAAGGAGAAGCUGCUGCUGCUAGAUAAGGUUGAACCUAUUGCCACUAUUUUGGACAUAAAGUCUAUGUUCCACAAGUCAAAUCAGCGCUGGUAUCCUGCCAGACAGUCGCUGUGCCUGGACCCCAAGGGAAAGCCUCUAAAAGAUGAAGAUGUCCUCCAGAUGUUACCUGUGGGAACCACAGCAACAUUCUACUUCAGAGACCUGGGAGCACAGAUCAGCUGGGGAACGGUGUUCCUCAGCGAGUGCAUUGGGCCGCUUGUCAUCUACCUGAUGUUCUAUUUCAGAGUGCCCUUCAUCUACGCCCCCAAAUACGACUUCAAAACCAGCAAACACUGGGUCGUACAUCUAGCCUGUCUGUGUCACUCCUUCCAUUAUGUAAAGAGGAUCCUGGAAACACUGUUUGUCCAUCGGUUCUCCCAUGGCACCAUGCCCCUGCGCAACAUUUUCAAGAAUUGCUCGUAUUAUUGGUUCUUUGCUGCUUGGAUGGCCUACUACAUAAACCACCCGCUCUACACCCCUCCAUACUAUGGGGAACAGCAAGUGAAGACAGCACUGGGGAUUUUUCUGUUCUGCCAGCUGGGAAGCUUCUCCAUCCACGUUACUCUCCGCAACCUCAAACCUCCAGGGUCUAAAAUCAAGAAGAUUCCAUAUCCAACCAGGAAUCCGUUCACGUGGAUCUUCGCACUCGUUUCCUGCCCUAAUUACACGUAUGAGGUGGGCACCUGGAUGGGCUUCACCGUGAUGACGCAGUGCGUCCCCGUGGCCUUCUUCACCGUUAUCGGCUUUAUUCAGAUGACCGUUUGGGCCAAAGGCAAGCACCGCAGCUACCUGAAGGAGUUCAAGGAAUACCCAACCCUGCGCUCACCCAUCCUGCCCUUUAUACUGUAGAGUCUCACACACACACACACACACACACACACACACACACACACACAUAUGUAUACACAUAUACAAAUAUACACAUAGACAGUAUCAGUCAAACGUAUGGACACACCUUAAAUUCAGUCGUCUAAAAUAUAAAGAAAAAUAUAUGGAAUUAUUAAGUAAACAAAAAAGUGUUAAACAAACUAGAAUAUGUUUUAUAUAUUUAAAAUUCUUCAAAGUUUUGCACAUCUUGGCUGGAUUUUCUCAGUCAGUUUUAUGAGGUAGAGUCACCUAGAAUUCAGGCUUUCAGUUAACAGCUGUGCUGAACUCAUCAAGAGUUAAAUACUUGAGUCAUGUUAUAAUUCAUAUUAUGAUAAGAACUACUCAACUAAAUAAAAAUUAAAAAAAAUACUUGAAGAAAAUUUCGAGACUUUUGAGAGAAAGUCCAUUAAGGACAAUUUAAAAUGUUACGAUGAAACUGGCUCUCAUCAGGGGUGCCACAGUAAAAACAAAGAGCAAGAGCUCCCUCUGUUGUACAAUGUAAGUUCAUCAGAAUUACCAGAAACCCCCAGAUAAGAGCACCCACAUGCUUCUUCACAGAUUAUUUUGGUUUAUUUAAAGGUCACCUUCCGCGAAAAUCCGAUUUUUCUUGUUUUUUGUGGAAUACAGUAGGUCUCUCCGAGUUGAAUGUGUACACCUGCACAUUAAACUGUUUUGCAGCCCCCAUUGUCUGCAGGAGCUAAGCAAAGAAAUCCCCCCUCCCCCCCUCCGAAAAACGGGUGAAUUUUGAAUUAUCUUUCUGCCUACGUAGGCAGAAACUCACAGACCAGCCCACCUUGGCUCGAGAAACUCCCAGAGGCGGAGUGAAGCGACGCAACAUCACCGCUCAUCAGUUAGGAGGUGGGAGGCAGUGAGCGGCAGAGCGGUGGAGGGGCGUCGCAGUGCUCCUAGCCAAUCAGAGGAGAGAUAUUUGCAUGCUGUUUGCAUGUAUGAAUAUUCAUGAGCAAAGCUGGAAUCCGGUCAUUUUGGACACACACCUAAAACAGUCCAUUAAAAAAGAGCUAUACAGAGACACCUGAGCACUUUUUUUUUUACAAAAACGGCUCACAUGUCAUUCAUUCAUACUAGAGACCACAACUAGACAUUUUAAAAUGAAAGAAAAAACGACGGAAGGUGACCUUUAAUACUUUUAAAUUACUACAUGAUUCCUUCAUAGUCUGGAUGAUGUCAAUAUUAAUUUACAAUGUAGGAAAAAAAAUCAAAUAAAAACAUUGAAUUAGAAGGUGUAUCCAAACUUUUGACUACUACAGUAUGUACACUGACAUGCCAGAAAUCAUGGUACAUGGAACUGAUAUCCUAUGAAUGUCCCAUGACUUUUGCUAUGCCCCACAGAAAUUAAAGAAUGCAGCACUAACCUGUGAGAGGUCUGUGUGUGGGGUCUCCUGCAUUGAAUGUAGAGGGGAUUUUUACUAUAUCCAGUUCACACAGACUUUUCUAGCCAGACACAGCCAGUCAUGAUCAUUACCAGCCACUGCACUGUCCACUGUGGGUGGUAAUGUAUUCUGCGAUGUAUUCCCAGUACACAUGUGAUACUUUGGACUAAGGAAUGUCAAAUAAAUGCACCCAAUAUCAGUCCUUGCUCCAAAUCCCAUAAUUCAUGUUGCCAUGCCAUGAGCACGCUGGCCAGUGUUCAAUCUUACUCACAAGAAAACAUCUCACUACUUAUGAUGAUGUAAUUGUCCAUGAUCAAUUUACAUACUGCUGUCCCAUGACUUUUGGAGUAUCAGUGUAUAAGGAAGCUGCUAUACUGGGCCAUAAUUUGUAUGAAACAUGCUGAAGUAAAGUUUCUGAUUCUG